UUUAUGCUUAGAUGAGUUGAAAUUAAAUUUGCUCACUUGAUACAAUUUCAUUUUAAAUUUUCAUUGACACAUAUGCAAAAAAAAAAAAAAUCCCCCAAACAAUUGAACCCUUUUAGGAAUUGACCCAGAACGACAGACCCUGGGAAAAACUGUUAGGCCUCACAGGGCCCACCCACAGUGAGCAGGCCAGCCAAUCGCCGUCCUGCUUUGUGAUAUUCAGUCCAGAGUUCAUCUGCCGAUGGCUCGUCUUCAUCGCGCCUUUACUGUAAAGCUAUUCAGAGUUUCUGUUCCUCCUCCGCCACCGGCAGAGUCCUCGAGGGGAGCCCUCCUUGGAGGUAAACUAAAGCUUGCUGCGGAUCCGCCCGUCUAAGAUGUCAUGUGGAGUGACUUUGAGCUGAGGAGGAAUGUAAAAAACCUGCCAUAUUGAGGAACUUGGAUGACUUUACCGGGAUUCCUGACCGAUUGAUUUUGCUCAUUCUGAAAUGACGGGCACAAAAUUUACUUCUCUGAAUGAGUGUACUUAUUUUAACAAACAGCGACAGGCUGCCUGCGGUGUGUUUCAACAAAGACGGUAAUAGAAAUGGUUGGAAAUUGUUAUUCUUUCCCUGCUUGAACGCUCAUUCAUCCACAACGUGAGCAAUCAUUUCCACUCGUCUUAUCUUGCACUUUUAUGAGCAACUUGAGCAUGACUGCAGUGACAGGCACGAUCAAGUGAAGACAUAAAAAUGCUGCUGUGGAAUUCUGCUGCGGUCGUGGACCUGUUAGGGAACAGCAGUGACAAUGUGGCUGGCAAUGUGGAACAAGUCCUUGUCCCGAUAUUUGAUGCUGUGAUCCUGGUAUUGGGUGUUGGUGGACACACCACGGUGAUGGUGAUCCUAUGUAGGAGGAGCAGGAGGCGGACGGCUCAGUCAGGAACAGGUACGGACAUCCUCCUGUUGGCCCUGAGCUUUGCAGAUCUUCUCCUACUCGUCACGCUUCCUUUCCACACCGUCGCCAUCGCCAUGCAGCAGUGGCCUUUCGGGGACUUCCUGUGUCGUCUGGCGGGCUUUUUGGGAUCGGCCUGCACCUCGGCCAGCGCUUUCACGCUGUCCGCCCUGGCCGUGUCACGCUACAUGACGGUAGUGCACCCUGCCAGAACGUAUCGCUUCCUCUCUCCACGCCACGUCACCAUGACAGCCGCGCUGCUUUGGUUCCCGGCCUGCUGCCUGGCGGCACCGCAGCUGGUGUUUCGUUUUGUCGGAAGCUCUCCCAAUAACCCCAAUGCCCUUGCUUGCUUCACUUUCCUGUACCACCGAGAUCAGCUCAUUUACGGAUUGGUCCACUUCCUGGUGGCAUUCUUACUCCCCCUGGUCACCAUCGCCAUUGCAUACUGUAAUAUUUACUUGUUCCUGUGGAGGACCCGGAGUGCUGUUCAAGCUCCACAAGUUGAACGAUAUCACAGCAAGGUAACCCAGACGUCGGCGAUACUGGUGGUGGCAUUUACUCUGUGCUGGCUGCCUUCCUACGGCUUGACAUUGACUUUGCUAUCUGACAAAAGCUCGGGGGCCACCGGCACCUCACCACGUUACGGCCCGUUCAGCGUGUUUGCACGACUCAUGGCCAUCACGUCGACGGUGUUAAACCCCAUCCUCUAUGUGCUCAUCUCCCAAAGGUUCAGGCAGGAUCUGCUGAGGCUGUUUAAGAGGGAAGGGCAGAGAGCCAGUGGGGGCGGGCCGGCCUGAUUGACAGUAAUUACGAGGCCGCUGCACAAACACUGGGCUGAUUCCCACUCCUGGGAAUUACAAUUAAUCAUUUGAAAAGACUACUUGCGAGGAAUGGGCACUGCUGAGUGUUUCACAACAAGCUGUUAAGAAUCUUGCUCCUUUAUGAGACAACCGAUAACCUUGAUUUUUGUCAAGCAAUCAUGCAGAUGAAUCAUUGAAGAUCUCCAAAAGGAAUGUUGAGAUUAUGGAAAAGAGACCGAAAGAAAAAAAAAGGCUCUUUCUGUGUUGUUGUUAUUUUUUUAAACAGACGAUUGUUCCAACUUUGCAAGUUUUAUAAAAAUAAUGGUGCGCAGUUUAAAAAAAUAAUAAUAUUCAGGUUGGACAUCGCUAUUUCAAAAGGUUGUACCUUGAAAAUGGUUCAAGAUAAAAGCAAUCUGCUUGCUCGAGCGGGCG